AUGCCAGAUACUAAUGCUCGCCCUCUACCCACUGAGGGCCCGUCUGCAGGAGGAGAUGAGUUUGACGAUUUAUUCAACUACGAUGCCGAUAUGAACGAUCCUUUCAGCGAUAAUUAUGUUGCACCUGCGGCUAAGGAGAGACAAAGGCAGAUCGAUGCGGCUGCUAAAACAAAAGGUGGAGCAGGGUUGGGAAUUGACGAGGAAGUUGAGGUCACCAGAAAAGCAAGGGCUCCACGAGUGAAGCUGGACGAGAACAGAUUACUUUCAGCAAAUGGCAUUCCAAAGUUAAGGAAUAGGGCUAAACAGCAUCUCAAACUCAAGGGCAAAGGUCAUGAAUACUCCGAUGCGGCCAAACUCCUUUCCUUUUACCAGAUAUGGCUCGACGACCUCUUUCCCAAAGCCCGAUUCCUCGACGCACUAGCAAUGGUAGAGAAGAUGGGUCACAAGAAACGGAUUCAGAUGAUGAGGAUGGAAUGGAUCAAUGAGGGGAAACCACAGACAGUCAACGAUGACUCCGUCAAUGAUCCACCAGCAAAUGAAAAUGAUGGACGAGAGAAGACUGCUCCUAGGAUUGCGCCUAUCUUUGAGAAUGCUGCUGGUGGUGACGGGCCAAAAACACCUGGACCGAAUGACAGCACAGCCGUGGAUGAGGAUAUGGAAGAUGACGACUUGUAUGGUGCUACACCACGUGCAUCAAGAACGAAACCAGUACAAGCGACCGUAUCACAAACAGACUCGCUUUUUGGCGGAACUGGUGCGAGUAUCUUUGGACCAGCGAAAAAGGUUGUGGACGACUUUGGACCCGAUGAUGAUGAGCUCGAUGCUCUAUUAGCAGAGGAGGAAAUGAAUCAAAACAUGGCUGGCAGCAAACCCGCGCCUGUUAUCAAUAAGGCGGCGCCUCGAGACGAGGUUGAUGAAGAUGAAAUGGAGGCUAUGAAUGAUAUGGAUAUGUGGUGA